AUGGAUCAGACCAAAGUCCCCGUCAAGCUCGUCAAGGUCACCCGCGUCCUCGGCCGUACCGGCUCGAGAGGAGGCGUGACGCAGUGUCGCGUCGAAUUCAUGGACGACACCACCCGAAGCAUCAUCCGAAACGUCAAGGGCCCUGUCCGCGAGAACGACAUCCUCUGCUUGCUCGAGUCUGAGCGCGAGGCCAGGAGGCUGAGAUAG